UUGCCGGCCAUGUGCACUUCGCUGCUAUCUCUCUCUCUCUGAGUCGUACAGAGUCAGCGUGGUUAGGAGAGUGACGAGAAUCUCUGUAGAAUUUUGCUGUAGCUGAAUUAUACGAUGCAUCGGCUUCCAAGUGUGCUACGUUCAAAAGCAGCAUGCCAAUUGUCAUCCCAGGUCAGGUUUAUGGCGAAAGAUGUACGAUUCGGACCAGAAGUGCGAGCUCUCAUGUUACAGGGAGUAGACAUUCUUGCAGAUGCUGUAGCUGUUACAAUGGGACCAAAGGGCCGUAAUGUGAUUUUGGAACAGUCAUGGGGUAGCCCUAAAAUCACAAAGGAUGGUGUAACAGUAGCAAAAGGUGUAGAAUUAAAGGACAAGUUCCAGAACAUUGGAGCUAAGUUAGUACAGGAUGUUGCUAACAAUACAAAUGAAGAGGCUGGAGAUGGUACCACAACAGCUACAGUCCUUGCAAGGGCUAUUGCUAAGGAAGGUUUUGAGAAGAUUAGCAAGGGUGCAAACCCUAUUGAAAUAAGAAGAGGUGUUAUGUUGGCUGUAGAGGCAAUUAAAGACAAUUUGAAGCUCUUAUCAAAACCUGUUACUACCCCAGAAGAGAUUGCCCAGGUAGCAACAAUUUCUGCAAAUGGUGAUAGAAAUGUUGGUGAUCUCAUAUCAGAUGCAAUGAAGAAGGUUGGCAAAGAAGGUGUGAUCACAGUUAAGGAUGGAAAGACGCUGAAUGAUGAGCUUGAAGUAAUUGAAGGCAUGAAGCUUGACCGAGGAUACAUAUCACCCUAUUUCAUUAAUACAUCAAAAGGUGCAAAGGUCGAAUUUAAUGACUGUUUGUUGCUGCUGAGUGAGAAGAAGAUCUCCAAUGUGCAGUCCAUUAUUCCAGCCCUUGAACUGGCAAAUGCUCAGCGGAAACCAUUGGUCAUCAUUGCUGAAGAUGUUGAUGGUGAAGCUCUUAGCACUCUGGUUGUGAAUCGCUUAAAGAUUGGGCUCCAAGUAGCUGCUGUGAAGGCUCCUGGUUUUGGUGACAAUCGCAAAGCUACUCUUCAGGACAUGGCCAUUGCUACUGGUGGAAUUGUGUUUGGAGAUGAAGCUAACACAAUCAAAAUGGAGGACGUUCAACUCUCUGACCUGGGUCAAGUGGGAGAGAUUGUUAUCACCAAAGAUGACACGCUUAUACUUAAGGGUAAAGGUAAGAAGACCGACAUAGAUCGCCGUGCUGAACAGCUUCGUGACCAGAUUUCCAAUACUACUUCAGACUAUGAGAAGGAGAAGCUGCAAGAGAGAUUAGCACGAUUGGCAUCUGGUGUUGCAGUGCUUAAAGUUGGAGGAUCAAGUGAGGUGGAGGUGAAUGAGAAGAAGGACCGUGUGAAUGAUGCACUGAAUGCAACACGAGCUGCUGUGGAGGAAGGAAUUGUUCCUGGUGGUGGCACUGCACUUCUGAGGUGCAUUCCAGGCCUGAAAAAGAUUCAGACAACAAAUAGUGACCAGGAAACUGGAGUGGACAUUGUCCGUAAGGCUCUGCGAAUGCCAUGCAUGCAGAUUGCAAAGAAUGCAGGUGUUGAUGCUUCAGUGGUGGUUUCCAAAGUUGAAGAACUAGACAGUGAAGUUGGGUACGAUGCACUGAACAAUGAAUACGUGAACAUGAUUGAGAAGGGCAUCAUUGAUCCCACCAAGGUUGUCCGAACAGCCCUGACAGAUGCAGCUGGAGUUGCAUCAUUGCUGACAACAGCCGAAGCUGUAGUGACAGAAAUUCCUAAGGAAGAUCUUCCUGGAGCAGAAGGUGGAAGAAUGGGUGGCAUGGGAGGUAUGGGAGGAAUGGGGGGAAUGGGUGGAAUGAUGUAAAGAACUGUAACCCAGCCAGUGUCACAAACAUAGGAUUAAAAGACUGAAGAGAAUAACUGAGGAAAAUCUGGAUUACCCAAGUAGUGUCAUUGCGAUAGAUACGGAUUUACGUUGUGUGUGGGUUUAUGUGUUGAAUAUGCUGCGAAUGUUUUUGUAGGGGAGAAAAAAAAA